UCAAGGACAACAAGUGCACGUUUUCAUAUUAGAUUAUCAGUGAUCAGCUAAAAUAUUCGCUGUAGCUGUGAAAAUGGGGGAUAUGAGCGAAACCAGGAAUGCUUUUUUGUGGUGCAUGUCAGUCGUUUACCUGUUUGCCUUUUCAUCGCUCUAUGUGCAAAUACCAGGCUUGUAUGGCGAUAAUGGAAUACUUCCUGCCCGUUUGGUUUUGAACACAGAGGCCAACUCAUGGCAGGAGUUGUUGGAAGGCCAGCCCACUCUGCUGAAGCUGACCCCCAAGCUGGGCCUGACCAUACAGAGCGGGAUGGACCUACUGUGUCUCGGGGGCAUCCUCAUCUCCUUCUUCUGCAUGGUAUCACGACGCAUGCGUGACGUCGUGUCCUUCACCUUGCUGUGGAUGUUCUACCUCUCCCUCUACCAGGUGGGCCAGACCUUCCUAUGGUUCCAGUGGGACAUCUUGCUGCUAGAGGCUGGCUUCCUCACCAUUAUUGUGGCGCCGUUCAACUUCCAGCUAUUCCGAUCUCGCAGCCCUCCGCAGCACCAACACGACUCAAUCACCAUGUGGCUUCUCAAGUGGCUUCUAUUCCGUCUCAUGUUUGCCUCUGGCAUCGUCAAGCUCACCAGUCAGUGCCCCACCUGGUGGGGACUCACCGCCUUGAAUCAUCAUUUUGAAACCCAGUGUAUUCCUACGCCUCUUGCUUGGUACUGGCACCAAUUUCCAACAUGGUUCCUGAAGCUGAGUGUGGUGGCAACGUUUGUUAUCGAGGUUGCUGUCCCCUUCCUCUUCUUCGCACCAGUCAGGUCUCUCCGUGUUGUCGCCUUCUAUGCUCAGGUGCUGCUUCAAGUGUUGAUCAUCCUCACUGGCAACUACAACUUCUUCAACCUCCUCACAAUCGUCCUGUGCAUCUCCCUCCUCGGUGCGCUUCAAGUUAAACCAGGGAAGGAUGAGAAACCAGCCGGUCUGGGCUUUGUGUCCAACUUCAUCGUGCCCGUGCUGGUGUACGGCUACAUCGGCUACUACACCUACAUCCUCUUCGACCUAAAGGUUCAGCCCGACUACACCAUACAGUCCAAGACAACUUUCAAGUCCUCCGACCUGAAUCGCUGGCUGGAGUGGGUGAUGCCAUACACCAUUUAUGUUGGAGCUAUUUCCUUAGCUUUUGAAAUAUUCCUGUCUAUACUGAGGUCUUCUGUAGAAGAGAAAGGAUUUUUCAGGAAAAACAUUGCCACCAUUCAGUGUGUCCUGUUCGGAGCAGUAGCAGCGGGCUUGUUCGCCAUUAGUCUGGUGCCCCAUACAGUUAUUGAAGGCAAGGCCCACAGGUCCUUGUGGCCAGCAGUCAGACAGUGGCACGGCAGGCUGGAGGCCUUCCAGGUUACCAACUCUUACGGACUCUUCAGAAGGAUGACGGGAGUUGGAGGUCGGCCUGAGGUUAUCAUCGAAGGAAGCAACAAGAAAGAUGGCGCUUGGAAGGAGUACGAGUUUCUUUAUAAACCCGGCGACAUCUCGCUCCGUCCCCCGAUUGUAGCACCCCAUCAGCCUAGACUGGACUGGCAGAUGUGGUUCGCCGCCCUUGGCAACUACCAACACAACGGCUGGUUCGUCAGCCUCGUCUACCGCCUGCUCAACAACCAGAAAGAAGUCCUUCAGCUGCUAAAACGCAAUCCCUUCCCCGGCAAACCUCCAAAGUACACUGCCACACUGUAUCACUACUACUACACCUCAAGCAGCAAGAAAAAUGACAGAUAUUCAGCUAAGAACUGGUGGUUGAGGAAAAAGAAGGCCGAAUAUCUCCCGGUGAUGCAUGCAGAGGACCAACAGCUGAAGCAAUAUGUGAAACAGAGAUUACUCUUAGAGCCUGCACCCAAGGUGACCACGAAGAAUUACGUCAGGGAGGCAAUCACUUGGAUACGGAACCUGAUUGGCCAGCCAGAGGGGUUCACGUUUGUAAUGUCUGUGUUCGGAUCAGGUCUUGUUGUAAAUGUUCUCAACUGCUACCUGUUCUAAUGGUGAAUAAUUCUCAGUAGGGGCUGAUAACCAAGUUAUCACAGCCCCGACUAAGGGUACAGUGUAUUUCUCAUGGCAGUUUCACCUGAGUUGGAGUCAGUGUGUUGGGGCCUUGGAACUUCGUCUGUUUGAUCCAAAAUUGAGAUUCUGGUGUUCAUGGUGAAUACGGAUGUUGAAUGUGUUUUUGGCUAACAAACUGAUCCGUGCAAUCCUUGUUAUGGAAUUGUGAUGUGUAGUGAAAUCCUACAUCACCCCUUCUGAGAUCAAACAAUGUGUAAGUUAACUAUUUAGUUUACAGGUUCUAUCUCACAGUAGAUAAGCCUAGUGGUUAAAGCUUCGCUCGUCAUGUCAAAGACCCAAGUUAGGUUCCCCACGUGGGUACAAUAUGUGAAGCCCAUUUCUGGUGUGCCCUACAGUGAUAUUGCUGUAAUAUUGCUAAUAGCGGCGUAAAACCAUACUCACUCACUCCCAGUAGAUUGUCAGGAGAAAAAUUACUUGUUGGAUUUUGCGGAGUGUUAAUAUACAACUAUGGAGAAGUAAAGGACCACCUGUAUUUCAUUUUGCAUCAUCUGUCUUUUGAGUAGUAUAUUCACGUUACUGUUUUGAUUCAAGGAAAAUCAAAUGGUUAAUGGAAUGGUGAUCAGAUUGUGAAAUUGAUCAAUGCCGAUUUUUUUCAAAUGAAUCUAAUUUGACAUCGAGAAAUGGUGUGUAUGGUUUUACUGAAAAUGAAGGGGGUGGGGUUGGGUUGUUAGACUGCAUCAAUCUCUUGCUACUGUGAGAUAGAACUCACACCAUUAUAAUAUUUCUAUGAAGUAUCUUUUUCAAAAGAUACCUGUUUUUGAACAGCCAUAUUGAUAGUGACUUGUCGUGUUCUAACGACAGAUGUUACAUCGUCAAAGCUGAUGACUUCAGAGUGCACUUAUCCAGGCCAUUGGAUUCCUGUGUGAUGCAGUAGACCGAUCAGAACGGUGUCACCAGUCAGAAUUUGGGUAUCUUUAUCUUGAUGUAGAGGAAGAGUAACAUAGUGUGAAUUUGAUAAAAAUAUUUUAUGAAAAUAUUUCAUACUUACAAUUACUUUCUAAGUUUUAAAGCCAAAUACUAUUUUGAGAAUGACGAGCCAAAUUACACCUGUUUAUUCCUGGAAAUCAAACAAGAAUAGGUCAAUGUUCGAAAACAGGUGACGUCACUUGAAUCCAGCAGUGAAUAUCACACCUUGGUUUUAUCAAGGAUGGCACUUCUAUAGGUAAAUAACAAUUCUGUUGAUGUACACACAAAUUAAUAGUUCAUGGUCAUCAAUAUCAGCAAUGACAUCCUAACCUUUGAAAAUAAUGUAUGCAAGGAUAUAUCAGUGCAUGUUAAGUUAUUGCCAAUAUUUUGUAACUGUGUAUACUUUCAACAUGUCAAACAUGUUUUGCUUUUCAAUAUUUGCCUUGUAAUAAUCAAAAACAUUGGGCAGAAAAAAAGGAAAGGUUUAUUUCUCCGGCACUUACCCUCAACAAUAACGCUGCACUUUUUAUUCAUGCUUCUAAGAACAUUUUUGGGGUGGAUUCUGUCAAUUCUAGGAAAUCUUUGUCCAUCCUUUGAUUUGCCAGAGAAACAUUUCUUCUUCUUUUUUUCGACUAAUAAGAUCUUUAACUAAUACAAUUUGUAAUGGAGGUAACAACCUCACAUGUAAUAAGAUUAUAAAAUUGUAGAAGUUACUUGAUGGUGUUGUGUUUUGGAGCCUAGGAACUGGUUUUAUAGACGUGUCAAACUAAGUGGCCUUGGCUUUGGCGAAUGGUGAAAUAUGUGUCAUAAGGCCAGACCUAUUUGUUUUUUGUUUUACACAUUGUUUUGGUCAAAGGGCAAGAUGCAUGCAGUAAAAUAGCUAAAGAAUCAUGGUUUUGGGGUAUUUCUUGAAACACUCUCAAAUAAAAAAGCAUUUAUCAUCAUUUACCUCCACAGGAGGUGAGAUGACACAAUACCUUCUAGGAAAAUGCUGUCGUUUUUCAUGAUGUCUUUAUCAAAUGACAUUACUCCCUGCCACUGAAACUGGUUAGCUAUGCCAUUUACACUCAAGACACUGGCUAAUGUCAUAAAAAGUUGCAAGUGUGACUUCGGAUGAUAAACAGAAUCACGGCCUUGAUAAGCCUCUGAGAUGUAAACUUUCCUCGAAUGGUGUUGAUAUAUUUGAUUUCAAAAGACAUUUGGCCAAAAGCUCUGAGUUCAGAGAACUGAGUGAUUGGUAUUAGACUUUCAACAACAUAAUUUCUGCAGUGCUGCAACUAAAACAAACAAACAAAAUUGGUUUGGCCUCAUAGAAGAGAAACAUGCAUGAGAAAUGUUAUAACUAUGUCAUAGAUGUUGAUAUUUUUUCUUCAGUGAAUAUUUUAUUGCCAUGAUAGUGUAAUCAAUUUUGCUUCAAUUUUGUUUUUUUAUAUAAAAUGAUGGCCUAAAAACCUUCAAAUUUUCAAAUCAGUUAUCUUGCAUGUAUAACUAAAUUUAGAUAACCAGCAAUGUACAGUUUUUCAGUGAAACUGAUAGACUUCUUUAUAGACUGGUAUCAUUGUUUAUUAAAACUUUAUUGAAACUUUGAAGUAGGGACAUCCUCAGUUAUCAAGGGCUGUUUUUGCUUUCAUGCUGUUAAGAUAAAACCCUCCAAACAUUCAUUACCAUAGCUUUGUUUUGCACAGGACACAAAUGCCCUGAUACUAAAACCAUCCAUGAAAUUCUGUGCCAAUGGAGAUGAAAUUACUGGCUAUGGAGGCAAAUGAGUCAAGGUAUUUAUCCGUACAGGUGGAAAUAUAAUUCCUUGCAUCACCAAGGAUGGAAUAAAAUCUUAAAUUUUACAUUUAUUUUUAAAUGAUCAUGUAGCGAGCUAACUGUCAAGGUUAGCAGCAUAAUCGGACAGGUUUUCAAUGUUGUUGAGGGGUAUGUUUGACAACCAAUCUCAUUUGAAAUCCUUCAAUGCCUGACUUUGGAAACAUCCCACAGCCUUUCCAACAUCACUCUGAAUCCCUGAUAUGGUUGUGUUUACAGCAGUUUGUUGUUUUGUUGUCUUCUGCUCAACAUAAUCAUAAUAGUCUGAAACUUCUAGUGAUUCAGUUUCACCGUAUAUGUGAAACUUGUCUCUAUAAAUAUUGCAAAAUGGAGAAUGUGUUUGAAAAUUCAACUGAUUUUUAUUUAAUCUGAUCUGGAAAUAUUCUGGUAGUUUCUGAUGAAACAUAAAUUAACGUCUCAUCUUAGUUACAAUAUGCUGAAAAUAAUCAUGAAAACUGAUUGCAAUGUUAGCCUGAAGCCUGUGUCUUGUAGCAUAUCAUAUAGUCUAGUACCCUCGGCUUGUAUGAAAUAUGUACUGAAGAUGAUGUUAAGAAAUAUUUGGCAAAUGAUGUCAUUUCUAUUUUUUCAAAACCCUGUUAUGAAAGUGAGAAUGUUGUGAAAAUAAGACAUAAUGAUUUUAAAAAUUAGGCGAAAAAUAAUGUUGAACAUUGAAUGUGGUACGAACAAUAAUCAACUUAUGUCACCAUGAUGGGACCGUCAGGUAGUCAAGUGGUUAAGUGUUCACUUGUCAGGUCAAAGCCCAGGUUUGUGCGUUCACGUUGGGUCGUGUCUGGAUGGACCAGGGUGUGGAAUCAUCCAACAGAUGACAUCCCUAUCUCAUCAGCUUGCCAACAGGGUUGACCUGUUUGGUGUUUUGGCCACUCUUUACCUGGUCAUGCCACAACCAUGUUCAUGAGUUUGAAUCUCAUGGUCACACUGUCAGUUUUUAGGUCUUCAGCAUGUGGUAUUCGAUUUCUUGGUUUUCACUUACUUGGUGUAUUUUCAAAGGAUUAUGAACACAGUUCACCCAUUCAUGUUAGUUCUGACAUACUUUUUGAAUGUUUUCACAUUUGGCACACAACGAGAAAUCAUCAGUAACUGUAUGCUCCAUCCCUAUGGACCCCACCUACCAUUUGUUGUCCAGAUAUACUGAGGGAAACAAAUAAGGGAACACCACUUCAUGGCAGUAUUCUGUUGUUUAUUGUCAGAUUUCCUCACGCAGUGUUAAUCAAAGCUGGUGAUGAAAACUGGAAAAUAUUUAAGGAAUGAUUGAAUUUUCCAGUGUUCCUAUAUUUGUUUCUCUCAGUAUAUUUUUGUUCCUCUUUAUGCUCAAAAUAUGUCUAUUUUGACCAAUUUUACACCUCUGUUAUAUGGGAGAUGGGACGUCACUCGUCACAUGGUCUGAAAAACUACAUUUUUUCAACACUGUUACUAGGACAGCUGAGAUACAUAAGAAUUUGUAUAUUUCUGUAAAAUAUGUUAAAUGUACUUUUCCUGUUUUUCUGAAUACAGUGGACAUAAUGAUCAUAAUAAUAAUGUUGGUGAACAGAAGCCACCAGAAAUGUACGAUCCUUAGGCACUACAAAGUGACAUGCAGAGUUACUUCCCUUACUACCAGGAUCCCUUGUUUGAAUCCAAAUUGAGCCAUUUGAGCCAUGAUGUCAGUGUUUACAAUGGCAGGUAGGAAAGUAGUACAACCUGUAUGUCUUGGGUUUUCUUCCGAAGUUAACACACAGUAAUGUUAGUAAAAUAUUGUGACAGAAAUACGAUAAUAUUGUGUGAAAUAUUACCAUGUUUCUAAAAAAAUGAAGCUCUUUGCAGCUGUUACAUAAUAUGUAGACUUGCGUCAGUAUAUUCUUGUUGUAUAUUUCUUUACAUUGUUUUUCACAUGUGAAGGUGAAAUAUUUUAAUGGUGCUAUGUUUUGAUGGGAUGGUGUUUCAAGUUCAUUAUACACUUGUUGAAGGGCAGAUAACUCUCGAUCUUAGUCAUCAUUUCUGUUUACUAUUGUUGAAUUGAGCAAUCAGCAGCGUUUUUGUUUAUUGGGACCAUUAUUUUGUAUAAAUAUACUCUUGUUCUAUACUCACUAUUCUGUUGGGGGAUUUUGUAUCAAGUGUUUAUUAAUGUCACAUUUGACUGUUCAAUAUUUGUAGGUCUCAACAUAUGAUCAUUCCACUGGUGGAGUUGAUUUUAAGACAAAUUCUCAAGGUCUUUACACAAUUCUUAAUUCAAUUGAUUGAUGACAUUUAUUUUGAUUGCACUCAUUGACAAUAUUGCAUCCACAGUUUAAUUCUUGUUUUUUUUUAGUUUUGAAUAGUAAUCCGUACAAAUACAUUAUAAUGAUUUUUAUUUCCUCCAAUAACUGGAGAGUGACAUGUAUACUGUUAACACUGUUCAGCUAGGACUGAAACACAUUUUAAACAUAUUUACUUAAGACUUAGAUGUUGUCACAGUACAUUCCUAGUUUUAUUUGUGUAUCUAGUUAUCAGAAUAAUCUAGUAGCUUCCUAGUGUAUAACAGUUAUUCCCAACGAUGGUGACGGUGAAGACAUCUUUGUUUCUUUUCAAAUAGGCAUAAUAUUUUAAUGUUAUUUUACUUGAGCUUUCUGUUGAAUAGGUAGUAGUGGUUGAGUCAGACCAGAGUAGCUGCUGUAGGCAUGUAGUUUCUGAAGCUGUUUGAAUUGGAUUUUUCCAAAUUUAAAAACGUCACCUGAGAUGGAUGAUCACUCUUACUGUCAAUUCACUCUAGCGAUAUUUUCUAAAAUUUCAUCCAAUAUACUCCGGUGGAUGAAUACUAUGGAUUCACUUUCAUGUUUCUUCUGAUUUUAGAAGAAUGAGUGAUAUUAAUUCAUUGGGGAAGGUAUUUCACAUAUCAGGCUUAAGUUAUAAUAUAGAUAAAUUUUAUAUUUGUGAUCUAUUUCUCAUAUCCCACCUGUAUUUAUUUAGGGCCUGGUGUCACGGAGACUGGUAGAAUUCUAAUGUUGUAAUAGCAAAUGACACAGUUUGUUAUACAUAAAGCUCAUUAUACUGUAUUUCCUCUAAAAGGUGUUUAGGGUUAAAUGACUUCUUCCUGGAGUGUGUUUAAUUCAAAGCCACAUCAGCUCUAAGCUAUAUUGUGACUGAUUUAUUGGUGGAAAUAAAACAUCAAAACAAAAUUCAAUUUAUGAGUGACUUAUAGGAGCUUACUCAGAACGUACAAGCUGGAGCACUUUUUUGGAGGAAGUAUGGAUCUUGGAGAACCUUUAUUUUGAUGGAAUUUGGGGUUUUAUCCAAGUAAAUCGAUAUUGACAUCAAAACAAGCACAAGACUUUUUCUAGUUUUUGAAAUAGACUGUUGCCAAAUGAAUAAUUGCGCCAAAUUUCUUUCUUUGUAUGUUGAUAUAAUUGAUGGUUACAGCUUUGCAUGCAAUAUAAUUGUUUUCUCCAAUAGUUC